CGAACCUGCUCAGAGAUCGGGGGCUCUCCGGUCUGCUGAAUCCUCUCGGCUCUCGUCAAGUAACGGGAAUGGUGUUUUUCACGUUGGAAUACGUUCAGAGAAAAUGGUCCUGAUCGUUACCAAACACAUUAUCUCUUAAAUUUAAUCUCCAUCAAGGAGAAGAGCUGUGAACAGGCAACAGUGUUAGCCAGACUGCCUGCUCUAUACCAGAAACCCCACUAGUGAGCAGUGUUUCAACCUGCUCAACGGAUCAAAUAACAUUUGGGCUGAUUAACAAAAGACAUGCAAGUGGGAAGGUGUCAGAAGCCAGAGUGUGGAAAUUUACCCAGGGUUGCUACUUCGGGGACGCUCAGUCUGAAAGAUGCUGCAGUUAGGAGAGUCUUGGAUCUAAUUGGAAAUGAAAUUGGGAACCAGGCAGACAGCAGCAAGUAUGAAGAAGUGAGAGAGAGUGCUACCCAAGCUGCUCCCAUCUGAAGCUGUGGGAAGGAAGCUGAAUGUCCCAGGACCUGCCCAGCAGUGGUCCAUGAGCUCCAGUGUGAAUGACAGCCUAGUCUUUCUCCAGCAUUCUCCACUGAUGCCAUUCUGCCUGCUUUGAGUUUGAACGCUUGAGUGGAAGCCCCAAGAGCUGGCUAAGCCAGUCAAUGCCUUGAAUUUUGGGGGCAUGGGAAGAAGCCACUGGCGCUGAAUUACCACCAAGCUUUUGAAAACCUAAAGUCCUAAGGCAUCACCAAAUAGUCCCUGAAUUGCAGAGCAGAGGACUGUCUCCACUGGAACUCUUUAAUUUGUAAUUAACAAAGGAUUUAAAAGGAGACUCUUUCUGAAGCUCUUACUUCAAGGACCAGAGUUAAAAAGACCCCAGCUAAAGAUGGUAUGCUUUCUGGAUAUAUGGUCAUCUUUACAAAUACAUCGGUACUUUCCACCAAGAUGCUCCAUUUCAAAGAAUUUUGAACCACUUAGACACAGAGAUUGCUGAGAGUGAAGAAUAGUCUUCUCCUUGACCUCAUUUGAAACUGUCUUCCCUGGCCCCAGUGAGUAGCACACAUACCCCUGUUGUGUCUGGACAUUGGAAGGUCAACAGGUCACCAGGACAGAACCUUCUUCCAGAUGCUUGACUUAAUGGGAUGAGGAGUGUUAGUGGAGACAGUGACUUGGGCUCAGUCUCUCUCCCUCCCUCCUCUCUCACACAGGUAGCCUUACAGCACUGAGCUGAUGAUGGCUGAGAAGGGUGACUGCAUUGCGAACAUGUAUGGCUAUGACCUUGGCGGGCGCUUUGUCGACUUCCGACCCCUGGGAUUUGGCGUCAAUGGCCUAGUGCUUUCGGCCACAGACAGCCAGACCUGCCGGAAGGUGGCAGUGAAGAAGAUCGCUAUGAGCGAUGCCCAGAGCAUGAAGCAUGCGCUGCGGGAAAUUAAGAUCAUCCGCCGCCUCGACCAUGACAACAUUGUGAAGGUGUACGAGGUCCUUGGACCCAAGGGGGCUGACCUUCACGGGGAGCUUUUUAAGUUCAACAUGGCCUACAUUGUCCAGGAGUACAUGGAAACAGACUUAGCGCGCUUGCUGGAGCAGGGCACACUGGCCGAGGAACAUGCCAAACUGUUCAUGUACCAGCUGCUUCGUGGGCUCAAGUACAUUCACUCUGCCAACGUGUUACACAGGGACCUGAAACCGGCCAACAUCUUCAUCAGCACGGAAGAUCUCGUGCUGAAGAUUGGUGACUUCGGCUUGGCGAGGAUUGUGGAUCAGCAUUAUUCUCACAAGGGUUAUCUUUCAGAAGGACUGGUCACAAAAUGGUAUCGAUCUCCACGCUUGCUUCUCUCUCCCAACAACUAUACCAAGGCUAUAGAUAUGUGGGCAGCUGGCUGCAUCUUGGCUGAAAUGCUCACAGGGAAGAUGCUGUUUGCUGGGGGUCACGAGUUGGAACAGAUGCAGCUUAUCCUGGAGACAAUUCCUGUAAUCCGGGAGGAAGACAAAGAUGAGCUGCUCAGAGUGAUGCCCUCCUUCAUCAACAGCACCUGGGAGGUGAAAAAGCCACUGAGAAAGCUGCUCCCAGAAGUCAACAGUGAAGCUGUCGACUUUCUGGAGAAGAUCCUGACCUUCAACCCCAUGGACCGAUUAACAGCGGAAAUGGGCCUGCAGCACCCCUACAUGAGUCCAUACUCAUGCCCAGAGGAUGAGCCUACCUCCCAGCAGCCCUUCCGAAUUGAGGAUGAGAUUGACGACAUCUUGCUGAUGGCAGCCAACCAGAGUCAGCUCUCCACCUGGGACAGGUAUCAAGUCAGUCUGUCCUCUGAUCUGGAAUGGAGGCAGGACAGAUACCUCGACACAAGUGAGGUGCAGCGGGACCCCCGCGCAGGCUCCGAGUCAAUAGUGGAAGAGGUCCAGGUGGACCCACGAAAAUACUCCCAGAGUAGCUCUGAACGAUUCCUGGAGCAGUCUCACUCAUCCAUGGACCGAGUGUUUGACUCUGACUGUGGGCGGUCCUGUGACUACAAGGUGGGGUCACCAUCCUACCUGGAUAAGUUACUGUGGAGGGACAACAAGCCCCAUCACUACUCAGAGCCAAAGCUCAUCUUAGACCUGUCCCAUUGGAAGAAGACAGCUAUCACUCCAGCCACUGAGCUCUCCCUAGAGGAGGAGCCAUCUAACCUCUUCCUGGAGAUUGCGCAAUGGGUGAAGAGCACCCAGAGCGGCCUUGAGUGCCCCAGUCCACUCCCUGAGAUCCAGGAACGGAGCCUGCCCUCCUCACCCCAGCACCGCAAGGACCCCAAGGAAGGGAACAGUGGGGCCGACCCUCAAUUUGACUUAGAUGUCUUCAUUUCCAGGGCCCUGAAACUCUGCACCAAGCCCGAGGACCUGCCAGACAACAAACUCAGUGAGAUCAAUGGGGCAUGUAUCUCAGAGCACCCCAGUGACAUCGUACAGACCGAACCCUAUCCAAAGGAGAGGUGGUGAAGCUGAGGGGUUUGCUAUUCAUGAACUUCGCCCUUCUCCUCAGCUGGCUAGGCCACAGCCCUGUGGCAUUGCAGACCCAGGCCAAAGGGGAAAAAAUGGGCCCUUGUUCCUGGCAUGUCAGUCCUUUGCAACAGAGGGUGGGUAGCCUACCCCAGACUUUUUAAUCAAAGACAAACAACCCCCAGCCUGUUUUCUGAUGCCUUAGGGUUCACAGGACCCUUAAGGGAAUCAGUAAAUACAAGUGAAAUAUUGAAUCUAUUAAACUGCCUUAAUGAUUGCGCCUUUUAACCUCUGGAAUCUGUUUUGAAUAUAAGUCUAGGGUAACAAGCCUUUCGUACUGGACCCAUCAGUUUAUGAACACAUUCAUGGGGGUGAGGGCUUUGGGAGAAGGAAGAUGGGAGGGAGGAAAGAGUAGCCAUGGGAAGAAGGAAGCCUCCCAAAGAGGAACAAGGCUGCCUGGUUCCUAAGGGGUGCAGUCCACAAACUCACCAUCCGCAAAAAGUAUCAGAGCCUGAAGGGACACUUGAAAUUCUCUAGUCCAAUCCCCUCCUUUGACAGAUGAGGAAACUGAGGUCCAGAGAUGGAAGGUGACUUCCCAAGGGACUUAGUUACAGUGAGUGGCAGAGCAGUAGUAGAACUUAGGCUUCCUGACUCCUAGACUGGCCCUUCAUGCCACCUCCUUUGCUGUGGAAAUGCUUUCUUUUCAGAAUCUAAGGGAAACCGAAGUCCAAAAGAUUUCUUCCUCCUUGGAUCAGAAGUUGGAUGUCUCUCCUUAAUAAGCAAGAACAGUCAUAUCCUAUAGUUCUUCUAAUACACAAGCGUUUUCAUUUGCCAUCUUGGGCCAGAUACUGAAGCCUCCUGGGCUUCAGACCCAGACAACCUGGAGGUCACUGGAUUAAAAAAAAAAAAAUACAAUCUCCUGACCUCCAUUUCCUCUCAAUGAGAAGUGGCUCAUUUAGUGGUGAAAUGGUCCACAAGACAGGGAACCACGUAAAAGCCACUGAAUUAUUUGUGAAUGGUUAUUGAACCUAAAGUUCAGUUAUUGAUGGAUGUUCCUAAGGCCAGAUUUUGCAGUCUUUACACACACAACACACACACACACACACACACACAAACAUACAUACACUCAGCCCUAUGCAUAAGCGGAAGAGGAAGGCAACUAUGGGGUGUGAUGUGAGCAAUAAGAUGUGUCAAAAGCCUCUUGCCCCACCCCAAGUCUCUCUCCCUCUGGCCCAUAGUGGGCCUGAUACCCCACUGUAAUAGUUACUCCUUUGGUGUGAAGGCCUCCUUUUAUUAUUUUUUUGUUU